AUGAUGGCGAGAUCGGUUAGUGGGCUGCCUCGAUGGUUCUUGUGGUUCAGGACUAUAUUUGGUUGUUGGGCCAAGAAAGAAGAUGCCAGAGCAAAAACCCGCCAAAUCGAGGUCGGCGUGACAACACCUGGCGACCGGCACAACGAAAUCAAAACGUCCCGAUACACGCUGCUUACUUUCGUGCCUAAGAACCUGGCUGAGCAGUUCCGGCGAAUCAUACAUGUUUACUUCGUGAUAGUCACCAUCAUAGCUUUGGUUAUCGAUAGCCCAGUGUCCCCACUCACCAGUAUCGUGCCCCUCGCCUUCAUGGUGGCGGUUACAGCUGUCAAGAGCGGCUACGAGGACUGGCGGCGGCACGGGAAUGAUGGCCGUGUCAACAACCAGAUGGUGGAAGUACUCCAAGAAGGGAAUAUCAAAGAGGUUCACAACGCCACCAUUUCUCCCGGCACUCUAGUACUUGUGAAGGAGGGAUCGCAAGUCCCAGCAGACUUGGUCCUGUUAUGCUCUGAGGGAGUCAAAGGGAGGUGCUUCGUGACUACGGCCAAUCUGGACGGGGAUACGAAUCUCAAGACGCUGAGGGUUCCGCUCCCGCUCGUGGGAUGCACUCCUGAAAAUUUACCUCAAGGUUUACGCAUAGAAAUACCGAAUCCGACAGCAGAUCUGCAUACAUUUUACGGGAGGCUAGAAAUUCCUGGAGCAGACAGUCUACCGCUCUCAACUGAUAAGUUGAUGUUGCGUGGAUCUAGAGUCUUGAACACGGAGUGGGCUCUAGGAUGUGCAGUCUAUACAGGGGCAGAAACGAAACUGGCUCUGAAUGCCAAAUGCGUUAGCAAAAAGUUCUCUUCCUGUGAAUCCGCCACCAACCGAUGCCUCUACAUUUUCAUCGGUAUAAUAAUCUUACAGAUUGCAAUUUCUUACAUUGCCAAGAGAUAUAUCGACGUUAACCAACAAUCCAGAGAUCUAUAUCUAGGAUUGGGAGCCACAUUUCCGCAACCAUAUUCUGGUGUCAUUCAAGACGUAUUCUCAUUCUUGUUGUUGUAUUACUACAUAAUUCCAAUGUCACUCUUCGUUACCAUUGAAAUUUAUAGGUUUAUUGGUGCCUUAUAUAUAGGAUGGGAUGAAAAUCUCCGUUGUAAAGAAACUGGUCUAAGAGCACUUGCAAAUACCUCUGAUCUAAAUCAAGAACUCGGACAAAUCGAGAUACUCUUCUCCGACAAGACGGGAACGCUCACAAAAAAUAUUAUGGCUUUCAAAGGUUGUUCUAUAAAAGGAAAUGUGUACGAAGAGAGGAAAAAGUUGCUAUAUGACAUAAGUACGGAAGAGCUGGUGGAUACCGGGCAGGCAGAUGUCAAAUUAUUUUUCUUGAUUCUCGCUCUCUGCCAUACUGCGCAGACUUCCACGGCAGACAUGCGUAAACUCAGUGAAUGGCUUUCAGGGUCGAACAAGCAACUACCCAAGAACCAAAUCAAGUAUGUGGAAAAUGGUACAAUACCCAAUGGACAUGGGUUUCUAUAUAAAUCUUCAAAGCACAAGAUCAAUAAUAUUUAUAAGACUAAUGUCCAGUACCAAGCCAGCUGCCCGGAUGAAAAGGCUCUUGUCGAAGCGGCAGACAGAUUUGGUGUAACAUUUCUCGGAGAAGAAGAAAACAACGUAUUCGUGAAAACUAUAGAAGACACUGAAGUGUACGAGAAAUUAGAAUCGGUUGAGUUUACAUCUGAACGAAAUAGAAUCUCUGUUCUUAUUAGAGAUAAAAAUGGAAAGAUUUGGCUAUUCUGCAAAGGGGCAGAAAGUUCAGUGUUUCCUCUUUGUCAAAAAAAUGGGAUGGUUGAAAAAAUAAACCAUGACAUUAACGCAUUUGCCAUUAAGGGGCUCCGGACACUUGCCGUCGCAUACCGAGAGAUACCUGAAGAGGAAUAUCAGGAAAUUCGUGAAUCUAUAAAAAAACAAACUGUAAAAAGUAUUGAAGAGCUAGAACAAAUAAGUCAACAGUUCAGGAUAUUAGAGCGUGACCUGAUCCUUCUUGGAGCAACAGCAGUUGAAGACUCUUUACAGGAUGGUGUUGUUGAAACAAUAGCAUCACUGCGGAGUGCUGGCAUCAAGAUUUGGGUGCUUACCGGAGACAAGGUAGAGACAACAUUGAAUGUAGCACAAUCAUGUGCCUACAUUUCGGAAAAUACCAAGCAAAUGUUCAUCAUAGGCGCGAAAGAAGAAUCGGAUAUAAAAGCCUAUUUAGAAGAAUGUAAAAGAAUAACAGACGAUGGUCAAUCACUAGCGUUGGUUGUAGAUGGAGCCAGUAUCAAUCAGAUUCUGGAGAAGUCGGUAGAAGCAGAUUUUGUUGAAGUUGUGAAGAAGUGUAAUGCUGUAAUGUGUUGCAGAAUGUCCCCGAUACAAAAAGCGAAGAUAGUAAAAUUAAUAAAGAAUAGUCCUGGUCGGCCUAUCACAGCGGCGAUUGGCGACGGAGCCAACGACAUAUCCAUGAUUCAGGAGGCGCACGUAGGCUUCGGGAUCUUUGGCAAGGAGGGCCAUCAGGCUGCCAGAUCAGCUGACUACGCUUUCACGAAAUUUUCCAUGCUCAAGAGGAUUCUACUGGUGAUGGGACAUUGGUAUUACCAAAGAUUUGCUACUUUAAUACAUUACUCGUUCUAUAAGAAUCUAGUCCUCGGGAACUUGAUGCUGCUCUACCAAAUAAACUGCGAGUUCUCUACCCAGUCAAUAUAUGACUCCAUGUACCUGACCAUAUACAACUUGUUCACGGCGCUGCCGUGCAUGGUGCUAUCUGUCACUGAGCAGAGGUGGACUGCAGAUUUACUUCUCAAGAGCCCGACGCUAUACCAAGUCAUCAGUAAGAACAGCCUCAUGUCCUGGUCCCGGUUCUGCGGCUGGAUGUUGGCAGCUGUGUACCAUUCUGUGGUCAUUUAUGUAGCCGCAGCGUUGGCCGUGGGUGACACAGCCAUCAAUGCGGACAUGAAGCCUGUGGAUCUGUGGUCUUUCGGAGCAGUGCUAUACCACCUUUUAGUCCUGAUAGUGAACCUGAAGCUGUGGCUGCAAGCCCGCUUCCAUACCGUCGCUUUAGGCGCCAGCGUCGUGUGUUCCGUGCUCGUCUACGUCGCUUGCAACACGCUGUAUGCUGCAAUUAAUGUAAACAUCCACGGUUCAGUCCUCGGCACGUAUACUCGCCUGCUCUCUUCUGUCACAUUCUGGAUACUCAACUGUCUGGUCAUUGUCGCUACGUUGGCACCGGAUUACUUGUACCGAUAUCUUUCCGAUAGGAAAGGAAAGAGAUUUGAAAGCAACUCCGUGAAAAAUGUGUGA